CGUUACGGUUCAACCGCGACGCGCCUCGAUUCUUUUAAUACCCGUGACGUCCUCAAAACAUUUUCGAGGCUUCUUUACUAGCGCGAGACAGGUAAAGCGAAUAAAGUCAAGUCUUAAGGACACAACAACAAACAGGAUGACCGCAAUGUUGAAGACAGUACUGUUCUUGGGGCUGGCGAUGGUAGUUGCAGCCCAGGAAGUCGAAAGACGUUGGCCAGUUGGUGCCGAAUGCGCGAAGCAGUCCGACUGCCCGCCGGGUUCUUGUUGCACCAUAGACAAUAGGUGGUUUGUCAGUGAUAUUUAG